AUGCGCAGGAGAUCAACAUAUAUCACUCACCCCAGUCGCGCUGUCAAUCCAGAUGAUAUUCAAGUCCGCCAAAGUCAGCUAUUGCUAGGAGCAUUGAAGGCAGCACGAGAAGAACGCUUGACGCUGGGCCUCGAAGAAGUGCCGGUGGAAAUAGCCAGUUACUUACGAGAAUGCCAUGAACUUCACGUCCGUUGGGCACCGGAACAUCCCUAUAACACAACCGCUCCGUUCCUUUCAAGGAUAUCCCCUGGUCUACAUGUCCAAUACACGCCUUUGCACGAAGGCCAGGUCGAUCGCCUUUGCAAUCUCCUCCACAAGGUAUUCGGGAAACAGCUCCGUUGCGACUCGCCAGAAGCAACCUUCAUCAGCCCUCCUCUGACAUCCGAACGCUUCGCCCAGACUUCAUCCUUUCAGUACUAUUCUCUUCUGCCUUCGCUAAAGCACCUGGUUGCUUACAUAUACCAUUCUGUUUGCACACCGAACGACUUGCAGUGUCUGCACACGGUGUCCCUCCUAAACAUUGCCGAUUCUGUGGACUUUGACUACGACAGCAUCUCCCAUGCUCUCACCAUCACCAUUUUCUGGUCAAAGCAACCUGCUGUAUUCUACGACCCAAUUGGGGAAUUCACAACUCUUGAUGCGUGGAAUCUCGAUGUGCAAUCUAGAAAGGACGACAGGGUCGAGGUUGGUAUUCUCAGUGCAUCACCAGCAACCGAACCCUCAGACCUUCAGCUAUCAGGCUUUCUUACUGUUGUCGGAGAAGAUGAUCAUCCGAAAGCUACGCUUUUCAGUUUCCCUUCCCGCCAUCAUUCCUUUGGUUCAGAUCAGGCAAAGUUCCAGAAAUACACUGUUUCGUUUGACGAGCCGACUGGACUGCAUCCGACCUUACGAAUCUCUUUCCCCUCGGCGGUUUCACUGACCGAGCCCGAGAAUAAGCCUCCUGGAAGUGUUUGCGCACUACAGACCUAUCUAACUCUUCCUUCACAUAUCUUUGCCGACAAAUACGCGUUUCUCAGCAACGACCCGCUGUUUCAGAAAUUACAUCACGUUGGCCUAUUGCAUUCCAUUGCAGGUGAGACAGACCUAGAGGCUCCUGACUAUGUCGUCAGAAAAUGGGGAUCGACAAUGCUGCUUGAACUCCAGACACCAAAUGGCAGUAUUGGAGAAACGAGAGCUGCGGUUGGAGUAUGGGAUGUGACCAUACCCCUCCACCUACGGUAUCUGGAACCAAAGAAUGGCAGCUCGUCCGAAGUCGAAGUGCCUUGGCCUAUUGUCUUCUGGGCCUGUACCGCUGACGAUGGAACCAAGUUUCCUGUAAACCCUUUUGACAGGAUUCAGCUUGGCUUUGAAGGAUUGUUCGGCCCCAGAACUAUGUUCUACCAUCUGGACCCGGUGCCGACCCAGGGUGCUGCACCAGGAAGACUGAUAGAGCGCAUCUCCGCGCCAGUCUUGGACCUCAAUGCUGCAAGCCCAUCGAAGAUCGAGUCGCUGACCAUGGCUACAAUUGCCCUCGGAUUUUUGUGGGUGCUGCUGAAGCUGAAGCCCUGGUUCACAGCAAGAUCCACCCGUGACCAGCAUGCCUCGGGAAUGAAAAAGAGGCAAUGA